AAAUCUCGCGCGGUAUCUGCAGCUAACUUCACACAUCGCAUUUUGUAUGUUUGAUAGGCAGCGAAUCGUGAAGAGUGUGACUCAAAACAUGCACCCAGUGUUUUAUAGAAUUUGGUUUACUUAUAUUACAAGGACUGUAUCGUCCUCUGAGAAAGGAAACGUCCAUUUUCUCUGAUAGUGAUUGAUAAUGGUCUCGAAUCCGAGGUUGCUAGCUAGUAUAGGGUGAUUAGCUUGACGUUAAUGGGAGCUAACAUCCACGUACGGUCAGAAUCUAUCAUCGACGGUGGUGCUUUUUGAUGGCGAUUUUGUAAAUGGUGAUACUCCCGCUGUCAGAGUGUGUAGUCCUACAACGUUUGAAAGGGACGUGAAUUACGAGUAAAAUUGGCUAGUUAACUCUGCGGUGCACUAGUUCCCAGUGCCACGGCGUCGCGUUGCUGUCCACGUCUAGUCUCGUCCUCUGUGUUUAUCAUAGCCAGCUGGGCUAGGCCACGUCCCCGCGGACGUAUUUCACCGACCAACGUUGGACAAAUUACAGACAAGAUGCCGAGCGUGCGGGAGGGGGUAGGAGAGUAAAUAUCAGUAGAAAUGUAAAAACGUUUUAACGUUUAUCACUGUGUGCGAGUAGCGUUUGUGUUUACCGACGGUUGCCACAUAUACACGGCAUGUCACGUAUACGGAUAUAUUUUACCUUUGGAGAAUACUCGUGUCGAGCUCAGUAGGUUGCGGUAACAACCUGAGGUAACGUUUAUUUGAAAUGAUUGGGUUUGGUGCAAACCGACGGGGAGGCCGCCUCCCGUCCUUCAUCCUCAUCUUUUUGAUGGUGAUUAUUGCCAUACUGUCUUUCAACUACUGGACAGUGUCCAACAAGCACGGCCGCUUGUUGGACGAGCUUGCAGAGGUACAGACGCAGGUGAAGCGCACGGACGCGGCGCGGAGCCGAUUAGAAAAGCGGAACUCGGAGCUGAUGGUGCAGGUGGACACGCACAGGAAACAGAUCGACCAGAAGGAUGGAGACUACAACGUCCUGGAGGGCAAGCUGCAGGCCCGUGAGACGGUCAUUAAAAAGUGCACUGAUGAAAAGAUGAAGUUACAGAAUGAUGUCACAGCCCAAAUGACAGAGAUACAGAGACUGAAAGAGCAGCUAAAGGAGCUGAAGCAGGAGUUUAUGAAGCAAGAAGAGCAUCUAAGAGAAGUGAAGAAAAAUAGCACUACCUUGGAGAAAAAACUGGAGUAUGAGAGUUUACAGUGUGGACGUCAGAUCACACAACUGAAAAAUGAGUAUGAAGAAACAAAAAAGACCCUGGAGGAAGAAGCAUCCAAGCUAAGACAGAAUGUAUUGAAUGGCCAAAAGGGUGUGGUAGGCAGACAUGUAGGUGGAGGACCUGGCAUGGGCCUGGUUGGAGAGCCCCAUGCAGCGGCAACUCAACGGCACGACAGACAGUCAGAUCUAAAAGAAGAGAUGGGCAAACCUGGCAGUGAUGCUGGCAUGCCUGGUAUUGAAGACAGUGAGGUGGGAAAAAUUGAUGAAGUGCAGUUUGCGUUGAAGAAACCAGCAAUCACUCUGAAGCACGGUGAGGCCCCUGAUGUGGUGGUGGUAGCAGACGCCGAUCAUGGACUCGGAGCAGCUGAUGGUCCUAGAGGUCAAGGCUUUGCGCUUGACCAGCCCAGACUCCAGCAGGACAGAGUGGAUGGCCGAGCUGCAGUGAUUGCACCCCCUGGGGUCCUCAAACAGGCAGACAAACCAGUAGUGUUUGAAGAAGAUAAUAAAGCAAAUGUCAAGGCAGAUGAGCUGGGAGAACAGCAAAGACAUCUUCAAGUUCCUGAUAAUGUCAAGCAUGACAGCGAACACUUGAAGAGGAUUCCACUGCCCCCCAAUGCUGCCCAGGUGCCCAACCCCAUCCAGCCUCAUCACGCCAAAGACCAAGUUGCAGUGCAGCCAGUCCACCACCGCCAAAGCCGGUUCUUUGAUGAGAACGAGUCCCCAGUAGAUCCGCAACACGGCUCUAAGCUAGCGGACUACAAUGGGGAUGAUGGGAACGUUGGUGAGUAUGAGGCUGACAAGCAGGCCGAGCUGGCCUACAAUGAGGAAGAGGAUGGUGAUGGUGGGGAGGAAGAUGUUCAAGAUGAUGAUGAUCGGGACAUACAGGGAGAUCGGGCUGUGGAUUAUGGGAAAAGACAUCAAAACAAUGACAUUCUUUGAAUAGAAACUCAUGCAGCUGUAACUUAUUUAAAAAAAAAAACAUCCAGACCCUCGUCUACAAUCAAGGUCUCCUAACAAAAUAGUUUGAACAUCCCAAUGUUUAAGAAUUUGUAGGGUUCAUCCUCUGUGUCAUGGACUAUUUUGAGAAUCAGACAUUGCAGCUAAUAAUUAAUUCUGAACAAUGUUACAAAAUACAAAGUAAACUUCAUGGCAUUUUUCCUCAGCUGCUAUAGAUUUGCUAAUGGUUCUAAGUUAUGGCAGCAAAGAUGACGUUCACUGCAUUGACUGUUGGAUUUUGUUACCAUAUAACUGAGGCCGUUCAUCAUGGAGUGGCCUAAAAGAUCCCUUUGACUCACAUCUGAACUUCAAGGUCAAGUCAUCUUUUGUUUUAGGGACAAACGAUGACUUGAAUCGAUUGUUUUAGGUACUCAUUGCUUCUGCUUGAGAUAAACAAAUGCUUCCUGAGAUAUUUAUCAAGAGACUAAUUUGGUAUUAUGCCUUUCUAACAUAUUGUUGGGACUCUUACAUGGAAGUUUUUUUCUUUUUUCUUUUUCUUUUUUUUUACAAAAGUGGGAAUACAAUUCAAUUGCCAAGGACUUUGCUUAUGGUCUAUUAAAUCUUUCUUUUUGUGACACUAAAAAGUGCUUCUCAUUCAGUUUUUAAAUGCCAUGGCAUGCAUUUAAAACUUUUUAGUAAUCAACCUGAGAAAAAUACAGAUGCUUAAGCAAUAUUCAAUGAUUUUAAUAUAUCCUCCACAGUGUGCAAAGAUUUAGCAAGCACAUCUGGAAAUGACAGACUUUACAUAUGCUUCCAUUAAUGAGUACUCUUGUACAUGAUGUAGUUGAACUGUUGCCAUGUGUCCUGACACAAUCUUAUUCUUCUGCUUUAGGGAAAUCUGUGAACCUGAAAUAUGCUCUGUUUGUGCAACCAGGAAAAAUGAUUUCUCAUGGAAAGGCGCCUUGAAUGUAACUUAAUUUUAUUAAAGGUGAUAUUUCAUGUCA